AUGGUAUCCCACACCCAAACCAAAGGGGAUGUAGACAUACCUAACCAGAAAUCCCCUUCGACCGACCCAUCUGAAGCUCCCGUCUCAAAGGCACAGGAGCCUAAAACAUCCCCUUCCGCCCCUACAUCUAUACCUACAGCUGUCCCUAUGGGCAUAGACAGUAGCGAUAGCAAUGCCAACAAUGCUGACCCCGCCCCGCCCGCCUCCAUCUCCACCUCCAUCUCCACCCAUCCCGCGCCGAUGGUAUAUGCGCCAGGUUCACUCUCGCAAUCCACAACGCAGACGGCACCUAUCCCUCCAAUAGCGCCCCAGCAGCAGCUCCCAUCACAAACACCGAAACCACACCUCUAUCCGGAGCCGGGGCAGGAGCGGGAAGCGGAGCGGGACCAGGGGUAG